AUGGAAGGGGCUGCCCGGUACCGGGACCGCGCCGGGACCCCCCCGCCACCACCGCCGCCAGGAGCCGCUUUGUGUCGCCGCCGAGCGCGGACCGGAGCCCCCGGAGCCUCCCCCCGCCCCCUACAGCCCCGUGCCCGCCUCACCGGGGGGGCACCGGGGCAGGAACUGGUGAAGCCUAGCAGAGGCUUUUGUGAUCUGCCAGGUUCAGCAGCAAAUCUCAACCACCCUUUGGAUGGCCUGGAGAAAACAAGGUCUCAAGAGCCAUUUAUGGCUGCUGGUGCUGCUGGUUCAAAUGGAGCUGCCAAGAGCAGCACUACUCAGACAGUGACCACUUCUCUGCCAGCCUCUACUCUGGCCACAACCUCCACCUCCACUGCUCCAGGGAAAGCAACCCUUGAGGCCACCACUGCUGCAAGCUCAACCAUGAUGGAGACCUCCAGCACUAGAGUGACCACCUCUCUGCCAGCCUCUACUCUGGCCACAACCUCCACCUCCAUUGCUCCUGAGACAUCUACCCUUGAGGACACAAUAGCAGCUCCCAGUAUCAGCCCUGCACAAACCUCCUCUACUCAACACACAAGCACAGCUCUGACCACUACUGCUCUGAGCACUACUCAGACAGUGACCACCUCUCUGCCAGCCUCUACUCUGGCCACAACCUCCACCUCCAUUGCUCCUGAGACAUCUACCCUUGAGGCCACCACUGCUACCACUGCUGUGACCAUGAUGGAGACCUCCAGCACUGCUGCCAUGACCACUUCUGCUCCUCACACUACAGCUCACUUCAAAGGCUCUAAUGACAUCUACACCAACCUCUCCUAUGGGCUUGGAACCACCACACCUAUGGUGACAACAACAGCUCCCAGCAGCAGCUUGGCAGACACCUCCUCCUCUGCUCCUCCUGCAAGCACAGCUCUGACCACCACCUUUGCUCCUACUCUCAGCACUUCCAUGGCUCACUUCAAUGGCUGGCUUGGAACCACCACACCAAUGGUGACAACAACAGCUCCCAGCAGCAGCUUGGCAGACACCUCCUCCUCUCACUUCAAAGGCUCUAAUGACAUCUACACCAACCUCUCCUAUGAAGGUGCAACAUCCACUGCAGUCACUCCCAGCUCAUCUACAGAAGCUCUUGGCACCACCACAGCCAUGCACACAACAGCAGCUCCCUCUAGCACAGCAGAAACCUCCUCCUCUACUUCUGCUGCAAGCAGAGCUCUGAUCACCACCUUUGCUCGUACUUUCAGCACUUCAAAUGCUCUAAUGACAUCUACACCAACCUCUCCUAUGAGAGACACCCCUACAUCUACUACCUCUACUCCUAUUCCACCCACAAGCUCUGGGUCUCCUGCUCUUGGCACCGCAACUCUUGUUAGCAGCUCUUCUAGCCUUCCAACAACAGCCACAGCCCUCCAGCGUUUCACCAUCAACUUCACCACCACCAACCUCCCCUACAAUUCUGACCUGCAGAAUCCUGACUCAGCUAAGUUCAGAAGCACACAGAGAGUCAUGAACACCUUGCUGGAGCGGCCAGGGAGGCAAGGGGCCGGGACGGGGGUGGACGCCGUCUGCAGCUACAGGAAGGAGCCCUCUGCCCUGCCCUUGGACAGGGUGGGCCUGUACCACGAAGUCAGCAACAAGACCAAGGGUGUCACAGAGCUGGGGCCCUACAGCCUGGACAGCGACAGCCUCUAUGUCAAUGGUUACAAUGACCAGUCAGCCAGUCGUGACCAGCCAGGGAGGCAAGGGGCCGGGACGGGGGUGGACGCCGUCUGCAGCUACAGGAAGGAGCCCUCUGCCCUGCCCUUGGACAGGGUGGGCCUGUACCACGAAGUCAGCAACAAGACCAAGGGUGUCACAGAGCUGGGGCCCUACAGCCUGGACAGCGACAGCCUCUAUGUCAAUGGUUACAAUGAGCAGCCAGUCCUGACCACUCCCAGCAUCCCAACAACAGCAACUGCAGCCCUCGAACGUUUCACCAUCAACUUCACCACCACCAACCUCCCCUACAACUCUGACCUGCAGAACCCUGACUCAGCUAAGUUCAGAAGCACACAGAGAGUCAUGAACACCUUGACUAAAGAGGCAGAGCUUGGCUCCCUGUGCAGAGAGAAAGAGCUGCCCCAGCACCAGGGCCUGGCCUUGCAGCCAGGGAGGCAAGGGGCCGGGACGGGGGUGGACGCCGUCUGCAGCUACAGGAAGGAGCCCUCUGCCCUGCCCUUGGACAGGGUGGGCCUGUACCACGAAGUCAGCAACAAGACCAAGGGUGUCACAGAGCUGGGGCCCUACAGCCUGGACAGCGACAGCCUCUAUGUCAAUGGUUACAAUGACCAGUCAGGCCAGUCGUGCCCAGUGAGUACUUUCCAGGAGUGGGCUGGGCUUGCUCCCAGCCACCCAACUGCAACAGCCACAGCCCUCCAGCGUUUCACCAUCAACUUCACCACCACCAACCUCCCCUACAACUCUGACCUGCAGAAUCCUGACUCAGCUAAGUUCAGAAGCACACAGAGAGUCAUGAACACCUUGACUAAAGAGGCAGAGCUUGGCUCCCUGUGCAGAGAGAAAGAGCUGCCCCAGCACCAGGGCCUGGCCUUGCAGCCAGGGAGGCAAGGGGCCGGGACGGGGGUGGACGCCGUCUGCAGCUACAGGAAGGAGCCCUCUGCCCUGCCCUUGGACAGGGUGGGCCUGUACCACGAAGUCAGCAACAAGACCAAGGGUGUCACAGAGCUGGGGCCCUACAGCCUGGACAGCGACAGCCUCUAUGUCAAUGCCCCCAGCCACCCAACAACAGCAACUGCAGCCCUCCAGCGUUUCACCAUCAACUUCACCACCACCAACCUCCCCUACAACUCUGACCUGCAGAACCCUGACUCAGCUAAGUUCAGAAGCACACAGAGAGUCAUGAACACCUUGACUAAAGAGGCAGAGCUUGGCUCCCUGUGCAGAGAGAAAGAGCUGCCCCAGCACCAGGGCCUGGCCUUGCAGCCAGGGAGGCAAGGGGCCGGGACGGGGGUGGACGCCGUCUGCAGCUACAGGAAGGAGCCCUCUGCCCUGCCCUUGGACAGGGUGGGCCUGUACCACGAAGUCAGCAACAAGACCAAGGGUGUCACAGAGCUGGGGCCCUACAGCCUGGACAGCGACAGCCUCUAUGUCAAUGGUUACAAUGAACCAGUCAGGCCAGUCGUGCCCACUCCCAGCCACCCAACUGCAACAGCCACAGCCCUCCAGCGUUUCACCAUCAACUUCACCACCACCAACCUCCCCUACAAUUCUGACCUGCAGAAUCCUGACUCAGCUAAGUUCAGAAGCACACAGAGAGUCAUGAACACCUUGACUAAAGAGGCAGAGCUUGGCUCCCUGUGCAGAGAGAAAGAGCUGCCCCAGCACCAGGGCCUGGCCUUGCAGCCAGGGAGGCAAGGGGCCGGGACGGGGGUGGACGCCGUCUGCAGCUACAGGAAGGAGCCCUCUGCCCUGCCCUUGGACAGGGUGGGCCUGUACCACGAAGUCAGCAACAAGACCAAGGGUGUCACAGAGCUGGGGCCCUACAGCCUGGACAGCGACAGCCUCUAUGUCAAUGGUUACAAUGAACCAGUCAGGCCAGUCGUGCCCACCCCCAGCCACCCAACUGCAACAGCCACAGCCCUCCAGCGUUUCACCAUCAACUUCACCACCACCAACCUCCCCUACAAUUCUGACCUGCAGAAUCCUGACUCAGCUAAGUUCAGAAGCACACAGAGAGUCAUGAACACCUUGACUAAAGAGGCAGAGCUUGGCUCCCUGUGCAGAGAGAAAGAGCUGCCCCAGCACCAGGGCCUGGCCUUGCAGCCAGGGAGGCAAGGGGCCGGGACGGGGGUGGACGCCGUCUGCAGCUACAGGAAGGAGCCCUCUGCCCUGCCCUUGGACAGGGUGGGCCUGUACCACGAAGUCAGCAACAAGACCAAGGGUGUCACAGAGCUGGGGCCCUACAGCCUGGACAGCGACAGCCUCUAUGUCAAUGGUUACAAUGAACCAGUCAGGCCAGUCGUGCCCACCCCCAGCCACCCAACUGCAACAGCCACAGCCCUCCAGCGUUUCACCAUCAACUUCACCACCACCAACCUCCCCUACAAUUCUGACCUGCAGAAUCCUGACUCAGCUAAGUUCAGAAGCACACAGAGAGUCAUGAACACCUUGACUAAAGAGGCAGAGCUUGGCUCCCUGUGCAGAGAGAAAGAGCUGCCCCAGCACCAGGGCCUGGCCUUGCAGCCAGGGAGGCAAGGGGCCGGGACGGGGGUGGACGCCGUCUGCAGCUACAGGAAGGAGCCCUCUGCCCUGCCCUUGGACAGGGUGGGCCUGUACCACGAAGUCAGCAACAAGACCAAGGGUGUCACAGAGCUGGGGCCCUACAGCCUGGACAGCGACAGCCUCUAUGUCAAUGGUUACAAUGAACCAGUCAGGCCAGUCGUGCCCACUCCCAGCCACCCAACUGCAACAGCCACAGCCCUCCAGCGUUUCACCAUCAACUUCACCACCACCAACCUCCCCUACAAUUCUGACCUGCAGAAUCCUGACUCAGCUAAGUUCAGAAGCACACAGAGAGUCAUGAACACCUUGACUAAAGAGGCAGAGCUUGGCUCCCUGUGCAGAGAGAAAGAGCUGCCCCAGCACCAGGGCCUGGCCUUGCAGCCAGGGAGGCAAGGGGCCGGGACGGGGGUGGACGCCGUCUGCAGCUACAGGAAGGAGCCCUCUGCCCUGCCCUUGGACAGGGUGGGCCUGUACCACGAAGUCAGCAACAAGACCAAGGGUGUCACAGAGCUGGGGCCCUACAGCCUGGACAGCGACAGCCUCUAUGUCAAUGCUCCCAGCAUCCCAACUGCAACAGCCACAGCCCUCCAGCGUUUCACCAUCAACUUCACCACCACCAACCUCCCCUACAAUUCUGACCUGCAGAAUCCUGACUCAGCUAAGUUCAGAAGCACACAGAGAGUCAUGAACACCUUGACUAAAGAGGCAGAGCUUGGCUCCCUGUGCAGAGAGAAAGAGCUGCCCCAGCACCAGGGCCUGGCCUUGCAGCCAGGGAGGCAAGGGGCCGGGACGGGGGUGGACGCCGUCUGCAGCUACAGGAAGGAGCCCUCUGCCCUGCCCUUGGACAGGGUGGGCCUGUACCACGAAGUCAGCAACAAGACCAAGGGUGUCACAGAGCUGGGGCCCUACAGCCUGGACAGCGACAGCCUCUAUGUCAAUGGUUACAAUGAGCAGCCAGUCCUGACCACUCCCAGCAUCCCAACAACAGCAACUGCAGCCCUCGAACGUUUCACCAUCAACUUCACCACCACCAACCUCCCCUACAACUCUGACCUGCAGAACCCUGACUCAGCUAAGUUCAGAAGCACACAGAGAGUCAUGAACACCUUGCUGGAGCGGCCAGGGAGGCAAGGGGCCGGGACGGGGGUGGACGCCGUCUGCAGCUACAGGAAGGAGCCCUCUGCCCUGCCCUUGGACAGGGUGGGCCUGUACCACGAAGUCAGCAACAAGACCAAGGGUGUCACAGAGCUGGGGCCCUACAGCCUGGACAGCGACAGCCUCUAUGUCAAUGGUUACAAUGAACCAGUCAGGCCAGUCGUGCCCACCCCCAGCCACCCAACUGCAACAGCCACAGCCCUCCAGCGUUUCACCAUCAACUUCACCACCACCAACCUCCCCUACAAUUCUGACCUGCAGAAUCCUGACUCAGCUAAGUUCAGAAGCACACAGAGAGUCAUGAACACCUUGACUAAAGAGGCAGAGCUUGGCUCCCUGUGCAGAGAGAAAGAGCUGCCCCAGCACCAGGGCCUGGCCUUGCAGCCAGGGAGGCAAGGGGCCGGGACGGGGGUGGACGCCGUCUGCAGCUACAGGAAGGAGCCCUCUGCCCUGCCCUUGGACAGGGUGGGCCUGUACCACGAAGUCAGCAACAAGACCAAGGGUGUCACAGAGCUGGGGCCCUACAGCCUGGACAGCGACAGCCUCUAUGUCAAUGGUUACAAUGAGCAGCCAGUCCGGACCACUCCCAGCAUCCCAACAACAGCAACUGCAGCCCUCGAACGUUUCACCAUCAACUUCACCACCACCAACCUCCCCUACAACUCUGACCUGCAGAACCCUGACUCAGCUAAGUUCAGAAGCACACAGAGAGUCAUGAACACCUUGCUGGAGCGGCCAGGGAGGCAAGGGGCCGGGACGGGGGUGGACGCCGUCUGCAGCUACAGGAAGGAGCCCUCUGCCCUGCCCUUGGACAGGGUGGGCCUGUACCACGAAGUCAGCAACAAGACCAAGGGUGUCACAGAGCUGGGGCCCUACAGCCUGGACAGCGACAGCCUCUAUGUCAAUGGUUACAAUGAACCAGUCAGGCCAGUCGUGCCCACCCCCAGCCACCCAACUGCAACAGCCACAGCCCUCCAGCGUUUCACCAUCAACUUCACCACCACCAACCUCCCCUACAAUUCUGACCUGCAGAAUCCUGACUCAGCUAAGUUCAGAAGCACACAGAGAGUCAUGAACACCUUGCUGGAGCGGCCAGGGAGGCAAGGGGCCGGGACGGGGGUGGACGCCGUCUGCAGCUACAGGAAGGAGCCCUCUGCCCUGCCCUUGGACAGGGUGGGCCUGUACCACGAAGUCAGCAACAAGACCAAGGGUGUCACAGAGCUGGGGCCCUACAGCCUGGACAGCGACAGCCUCUAUGUCAAUGGUUACAAUGAACCAGUCAGGCCAGUCGUGCCCACCCCCAGCCACCCAACUGCAACAGCCACAGCCCUCCAGCGUUUCACCAUCAACUUCACCACCACCAACCUCCCCUACAAUUCUGACCUGCAGAAUCCUGACUCAGCUAAGUUCAGAAGCACACAGAGAGUCAUGAACACCUUGACUAAAGAGGCAGAGCUUGGCUCCCUGUGCAGAGAGAAAGAGCUGCCCCAGCACCAGGGCCUGGCCUUGCAGCCAGGGAGGCAAGGGGCCGGGACGGGGGUGGACGCCGUCUGCAGCUACAGGAAGGAGCCCUCUGCCCUGCCCUUGGACAGGGUGGGCCUGUACCACGAAGUCAGCAACAAGACCAAGGGUGUCACAGAGCUGGGGCCCUACAGCCUGGACAGCGACAGCCUCUAUGUCAAUGGUUACAACAAACCACUUCACAGUCCAGUUCUGAGAACAACUGCUGCCCCCAGGCCAGCAGCCAGGAAUUUCACUCUCAAUUUCACCUUGACCAACCUCCGCUACACAGCAGACCUGAGUGACCCAAGGUCCCGCAGGUUCAUCUCCACAGUCAAAGUCAUCAACCACUAUAUUGACCUCCUUUUCCAAAGAAGCAGCAUAGGCUCUGUCUACACAGGAUGUAAACGGAUGAGAUUUAGGUCUAGCAGACCCAGGGAUAACACAGGCAUAGACACCAUCUGCAGCUACCAAACCAAUGCCAGCCUUGCCAAGUUCAACAGAGAAAAGCUUUACCAUGAGCUGAGCACCAUGACAGAGGCUGUCACCAAACUGGGGCACUACAGCCUGGACAAGAACAGCCUCUAUGUUGAUGAAGCAGCUGUCAUCAGGAAGCCUGCCAGGAGUGAGCCUCCAGCCAAAGAGGGCUACAGGCUGAGCUUUAGGAUUGUCAAUGAAAAUCUGACCAACCCAGACUCUCAGUCUCCAGAGUACAAAGCAGCAGUGGAAAGCAUCAGCCACAAGAUGAAUCAACUCUACCGACAGAGCAACCUGCGAGGGCAGUUCCUGAACUGCAGCAUCACCAGCCUGAGGGCUGGAUCCAUAGUGGUUGACUGCAACUGCUUCUUCCAGUCAGAGCCCAGCAUCAACAGGGCUGUAGUCGAAAGGGCUUUCCAGGAUGGGGCUUCCAACACAACUGGCCUGUGGCUGGGAAGCAGUUACCAGCUGCAAGGAUUCUCAGUGGACAGCUUGGAACUAGCAGUUGAAGCAGUAACUCACAAACCCCCCCUUAAGUCUGGGAAAGAAAACUUCAGAUUAAACUUCAGAAUCUCCAACCUGCCCUACUCCCCAGACCUGCAGGACCCCAGCUCCCAGAGACACCAAGUGAACAAAGAGAACAUUGAGAAAGAGCUGGAAGUAUUCAGGACCAGCAGCCUGAAGGAAUACUUUGUUGGUUGUACUGUUGAGAGCUUUGGGCCUGUCCAUGGGAAGCCUCACACAGACGUUGUCUCCAGCUGCAAAUUCCUAGUGGAUUCCUCAAGGGCCUUGCAAAAGCAGGAGGUGUUUGAGGAGCUGACACGCCUGACACAGGGCUUCACCAGGCUGGGCUCCAGCUAUCAGCUGGAAGAGCAGAGUCUGGUUGUUGAAGAGCUUCAGUUCUGGGCAAUCAUCCUCAUCUGUGUUUUCACUCUGCUUGGCUUCAUUCUCCUCCUCUUGUUAUGCCUCCUGAUUGCUUCUUGCCUGAGAAGGAAGUCAGAUCUCUACCGGGUUCAACAGGGCAUGUAUGGGGUCUACUUCCCACACCUGAACACAAGGAAAGUGCAUUGA